AUGCUCCGAUCAGUAUCCAGACAUGCCUCAAGGCAAUCACACACUCCAGUUCGAUUCGCGGCUAUCGGAAAGCGAUACUUGCAUGCUCCUGUGUCCUUUGACUGGAAGGACCCGUUGAAUGCAAGCAACUUAUUCACAGAGGAAGAGUUGGCCAUCUCGGAAACAGCCGAAUCAUAUUGUCAGGAAAGGAUGCUUCCAAGAGUCUUGGGCACCCAGCUGACGUUUGCAGAGGCAUAUCGCAAUGAGAACUUUGACAGAAAAAUCAUUGAAGAGAUGGGCGAGCUAGGCCUUCUAGGCGCCACGAUACAGGGCUAUGAGUGUGCCGGCGUCAGCAGUGUCGCAGCUGGGUUGAUCACCAGGGCCGUGGAGCGAGUCGAUUCGGGUUAUCGUUCUGGGUACUCUGUGCAAAGCUCGCUCGCCAUGGGAGGCAUUGAGGAGUUUGGAUCCCAGGAGCUCAAGGAACGUCUUCUCCCGAAGAUGGCCAAGGGCAAACUGUUAGGUUGCUUCGGUCUUACUGAGCCGAAUCACGGAUCAGACCCAGGCUCCAUGGAGACAGUCGCAAAGCCGCAUCCCACAAGGAAGGGGUACUAUUCGCUUUCUGGAUCAAAGACAUGGAUCACCAAUUCACCCAUUGCUGAUGUUCUCCUUGUAUGGGCAAAGCUAGAGAGCACAGGCAAGAUCCGGGGCUUCAUUGUUGAGCGUGACCAGUGCCCUCCGGGUACUCUUGAAACCCCACCAAUCAAGCACAAGAACGGUCUUCGAGCGUCGAUCACGGGCAUGAUCCAGCUGGAUGAAUGUCCUGUUUCAGAGGCCAACAUGUUUCCUGAUGUUGAGGGUUUGAAGGGACCUUUCAGCUGUUUAAAUUCGGCAAGAUAUGGCAUUGCUUGGGGUACAAUUGGCGCACUCGAAGACUGUAUUGCAAGAACGCGCGAGUAUGCGUUGGAGCGUAGACAGUUCACGAACAACCCGAUUGCCAAGUAUCAGCUUGUGCAGAAAAAGCUGGCAGACGCUACAACAGACGCUGCGUAUGGUAUUCUAGCAGCCCACCAAGUCGGACGGCUCAAGGAUGAGGGCAAGGCUGCCCCAGAGAUGAUCUCCAUGAUCAAGAGGCAGAACUGUGAUCGAGCCUUGAUCAACGCCAGAACACUGCAGGAAGUGUUUGGCGGCAACGCGGUCUCGGAUGAGUAUGGCAUCGGUAGACAUGUCGCGAAUCUGUUUGUGACGCAGACGUACGAAGGCCAGAGCGACAUCCACUCGUUGAUCCUUGGCCGGGCAAUCACAGGCCUACAGGCCUUCUGCUGA